GAUCUCUAGAAUAGAAAAUUUGGGUUUGUCUACCCAACAGUUAUGGAGAUGGAACACAUGGAGGUUAGCCACCAGCAGGUGCUGAAGAAAGAGGAUGAUGCCAAGAUAAGCAAAUAUCUCAGAAAACCCUUUCUCCUGUUAAACUGUGCAAUGUUAGGCAUUGGGAACUGCGGCGGUCCACUGUUGAUGCGGCUUUACUUCGCGCGUGGUGGUAACCGAAUUUGGUUCUCAAGUUGGUUGCAGACUGGUGGGUGGCCCUUCAUUUUAUUUACUCUCGCGGCGUCCUACUUGUACCGCCGCCGUAGCAACAAAGGAGGAGGAGGUAGUGAUUCAGCUGAUGAUGACACAAAACUCUUCUUUAUGAAGCCCUUCGUCUUCAUUGCCUGCACCGUCAUUGGAAUCCUCACCGGCUUGGUUAACUACCUCUAUGCUUAUGGAGUGGCACGUUUGCCUGUCUCCACCUCUUCUCUUAUAGUUGCAUCUCAGUUGGGUUUCACUGCUUUCUUUGCUUUUUUUCUAGUGAGGCAGAAGUUCACAUCUUACUCUAUCAACACGGUUUUUUUGUUGACGUUGGCGGCGGUGGUGCUUGGCCUUCAUACUGGUGGUGACCGUCCGGCUAAUGAGUCUAAGAAGGAGUACUUUAUGGGUUUCUUCUUGACGAUUGCAUCGUCUGCGUUGUAUGGGUUGGUUUUACCCAUGGUGGAGCUCACUUACAAGAAAGCUAAGCAGGUCAUCACUUACUCCCUCGUCAUGGAGAUGCAGUUGGUUAUUUCCAUCUUUGCCACUCUUUUCUGCACCAUAGGGAUGCUCGUAAACAAAGACUUUGAGGUCAUUGGAAGAGAAGCAAGAGAGUAUGAACUUGGGGAAAGCAAGUACUACUUGGUUGUGGCAUGUAGUACAGUUAUUUGGCAGUUCUUCUUCUUAGGAUCAAUUGGUGUCAUCUUUUAUGGUUCGUCAUUACUUGCAGCUGUUAUAAUUACCACUCUACUACCAGUUACAGAGAUCUUGGCUGUUUUCUUCUUUCAUGAGUCAUUCAAUGUAGAGAAGGGGAUUUCUCUCGUUUUGUCAUUAUGGGGUUUUGCCUCCUAUUUCUAUGGUGAGUUCAAAGCAAGCAAGAAAAGCAAUCAAACCCCAAAACCAGGAGAUCCUCAACACCAUCCUCCAUCACCACAUUUCUAAGAAAAGCUAUUUGUGCAUGUA